AUGGCCGUGGUGGGUGUGAGGCUGCUUGUGGGAGGAAAUCGGACAGGCCCACUGGGAUUCCACCGGGAAUGGGGGCAGCAGCUCGACCUCAGUUGCGGGACGGUGGGUGGCAGAGCUGUCCUGUCUAAGGGCUCCAGCUGGUUACCCUCCGUGCGUCCCACUGCCCCCCGAGUGCUCGCCUCCAGCGUGCCCAGGCUCUACUUCCAGGCCUCGGUCAGGAGGGGGCUGUCCUCGGCCCGGCCCGGCAAUGCCCACCCCCAGGCCCCAGCCAUGGUGGCCGAGACCUGCUGCCCUGCAGGAUACGGUCGCUGUCACUCCUGGGAGAUGCCCCAGCACGUGAUGGGGGACAAGCCCUUCGUCUCCAUGCCGCAGCUGGUGCUCCCCAGCCCGCCCUCUGCCCUGGACGACAGGUGUGGCCACACCCCCUCCAGCCACAGCCCCCUGGACUCCUGCAGCCAGCCGCUGUGCCAGCCCAGGGCCCAGAAGCACGGCGCCCGCACGUUGUGCUACACGGCAGCGGGGCCGCGGAGCUCGGAGUGUGGGGACCGCGCCUCCAGCCUGUCCGGGUACCGGCUGGUCUUUAUGCUGGGCCAGUUCCUGCACGGAGCGGGCGCCACGCCCCUGUACACGCUGGGGGUCACCUACCUGGAUGAGAACGUCAAGUCCAGCUACUCGCCCGUCUACAUUGCCAUCUUCUACACGGCGGCCAUCCUCUGAGUGACGGGCUCUCUUCUCUCACGUGCCCUGGACGCUGACCCCGCUGCCUUUUCCCACAGGACCGAGCUGACCACCGAGAGCCCGCUGUGGGUUGGUGCCUGGUGGGUGGGCUUCCUGGGCACCGGGGCCGCUGCCUUCUUCAUUGCGGUUCCCAUCCUCGGCUACCCGCGGCAGCUGCCAGGCUCCCAGCGCUACGUGGCCAUGAGAGCCUCUGAGACACACCAGCUGAAGGACAGGGACCCCCUGGCGGCGCGCAGCCCCGGCUUCGGGAAAACCAUCAGAGACCUGCCUCUUUCCAUCUGGCUCCUCCUGAAGAACCCCGUGUUCAUCCUGCUCUGCCUGGCUGGGGCCACCGAGGCCACCCUCAUCGCUGGCAUGUCCACAUUCGGCCCCAAGUUCCUCGAGUCCCAAUUCAGCCUCAGCACCUCGGAAGCCGCCACCUUGUUUGGGUACCUGGUGGUGCCGGCGGGUGGGGGCGGCACCUUCCUGGGCGGCUUCUUUGUGAACAAGUUGAAGCUCCGUGGCUCGAGCAUCAUCAAGUUCUGCCUGACCUGCUCCCUGACCAGCCUGCUGGCCAUCCUGGUCUUCUUCGCGCACUGCCCCAACGUGCCCAUGGCGGGCGUGACGGCCCACCACAAUGGCAGGUAGGGGCCCCGCGCUCCAGGUGGGGUUCACGGGCGAGGCCACCUGGCAUGGCUGCCGGGCUGCCUGGAGGUGGCGCCACCUGGCCCUGGCGGCCAGAAGGUGUACCGAGACUGUAGGUGUGUCCUUCAGAAUUUUUCCUCUGGUUUUGGCCAUGCUACUGCAGGGAAAUGCACUUCAACUUGUCAGAGCAAGCCCCUCCUUCUGGUUUUCAUAUUCGUUGUAAUUACCUUUACAUUCCUCAGCAGCAUUCCCGCGCUGACGGCAACCCUACGGUGCGUCGGCGACCAGCAGAGGUCCUUCGCGCUGGGAAUCCAGUGGAUCGUGGUUAGGACUCUAGGGGGCAUCCCAGGGCCCAUUGCCUUCGGCUGGGUGAUUGACAAGGCGUGCCUGCUGUGGCAGGACCAGUGUGGCCAGCAGGGCUCCUGCUUCCUGUACCAGAACGCAACCAUGAGCCGGUACAUGCUCAUCGCAGGGCUGGUGUACAAGGUGCUGGGCUUCCUCUUCUUCGCCGCUGCGUACGUCCUGCACAGGUGCCUGCCGGGGUCUCCCCAGGACCUGGACGCUUCUCUGCCCAGCCAGUCCUCGGCCUCGGACAGCCCCUCAGACCUCCAGAGCCACGUCUGACGCCUGCCCGCCCACCGGACCUGGGCCGGCACUCAGUGCUCCCCAAAACCACCGGCUAGCUUCUCCACAGCGGCUGGCCCCUCACAAUGGCUCCCAGUCUGAGGACUCUUAGAAAACCUCCCAUUAGAUUCGGGGGGGCUCGAGGCAGGAGGGCUGCUGCUCAUGUCUGAGCCUGGGAGGCGGCAAGGAGAAGGACUGUAAGGCAUGGGAAAUGCUGGGGACGCGGGGGGGAGGGGGGCAGCCCCCCUGCGGCCCCGCCUGGUGAAGCGCCGUCUCUGCUCCAGGCCCUGCCCUCACACACUCGCGGCUCCCCGGGAACACAGUGGACAGCACUGGGUUGACGGGCAUCGCUGCUGGCGCUGUGCCCGCUUUGGUUCUGGGUCCUCAGGGAGGGGCCACCGCUGGUGGGAAGCACCUAGCUCUGCCCCGCUGAGUGCUGGCGGCUGCACAGCCCUGACUUCCUGUGUUUGUCCUGGGAGGGGCGGCCCAUGUCCCGGGUGUGCUCCCCAAGGAGCCAGGUCUAUAUUCACCUGCUGUCACCUCCUGUCCCUGCUGCAGGGCCCCGGCGGGAUGGGCGCAUAUAUUUAUGGACCAUUUGCAUAAACGCCUAUUUCUAGGAUCAGUUUCCUACCUGCUGGCUGCUGGGUGAGCGCUCGCUCAGCAGAACCUGUGAUCGCCGCCUGAGGGCGUCGUACUUUCAUGGGAUUGUGUUUCCUGGUGUCCUCAGUCCAUCAUGUCUGUAAAUAUAUUUUACUAUUUAAAACCUA